AUGGUGCAAAAGCUCGACCAAAAGCUCCCCGUGGCCAACGAGUACUUGCUGCUUUCCGGGGGCGUCCGGGAAGGCGUGGUGGACCUGGACCUGGACGAGCUGAACAUCUACGCCCGCGGCACCGACUACGACAUGGACUUCACGCUCCUGGUGCCGGCGCUGAAGCUCCACGACCGGAACCAGCCCGUCACCCUGGACAUGCGCCACUCGGCCCUGUGCCACUCGUGGCUGAGCUUGCGGCUGUUUGACGAGGGGACCAUCAGCAAGUGGAAGGACUGCUGCACCGUCGUGGACCAUAUCAACGGGGCCACUAACUACUUCUUUUCCCCCACCAAGGUGGCCGACUGGUUCUUUGACUCCAUCAGCAUCGUCCUGUCCGAGAUCCAGAAAAAGCCACAGAGGGGGAUGCCCAAGGUGGAGAAGGUGGAGAAAAACGGGACCAUCCUCUCCAUCAUCCUGGGGGUCGGCAGCAGCCGCAUGCUGUACGACAUCGUGCCGGUGGUGUCCUUCAAGGGCUGGCCGGCGGUGGCGCAGAGCUGGCUGAUGGAGAACCACUUCUGGGACGGGAAGAUCACCGAGGAGGAGGUCAUCAGCGGCUUCUACCUGGUCCCCGCCUGCUCCUACAAGGGCAGGAAGGACAACGAGUGGCGGCUCUCCUUCGCGCGGAGCGAGGUCCAGCUGAAGAAGUGCAUCUCCAGCAGCCUCAUGCAGGCCUACCAGGCCUGCAAGGCGGUCAUCAUCAAGCUGCUCUCGCGGCCCAAGGCCAUCAGCCCGUACCACCUGCGCAGCAUGAUGCUCUGGGCCUGCGACCGGCUGCCGGCCAGCUACCUGGCCCAGGAGGACUGCGCGGCCCACUUCCUGCUGGGCCUCAUGGACGACCUGCAGCACUGCCUGGUCAACAGGAUGUGCCCCAACUACUUCAUCCCGCAGUGCAACAUGCUGGAGCACCUCUCCGAGGAGACCGUCAUGCUGCACGCCCGGAAGCUCUCCUCGGUGCGCUCGGACCCGGCGGAGCACCUCCAGACGGCCAUCGAGCACGUCAAGGCGGCCAACCGGCUCACGCUGGAGCUGCAGCGGCGGGGCAGCGCCAGCGGCAUCCCGUCCCCGCAGUCCGACGGGGGGGACGCCGGCCAGCCCGACGACCGGCUGGCCAAGAAGCUGCAGCAGCUCGUGACCGAGAACCCGGGGAAGUCCAUUUCCGUCUUCAUCAACCCCGACGACGUCACGCGGCCUCACUUCAGAAUCGACGACAAGUUCUUCUGAGGCGCCCGCACUGCCGGCUGGACCAAUGGUUCCCUUCGACCCCGUUUGGGCUUUUUAAAAACAUAUCCGGCUUAGGUUAGAUUUGUCGAGAACACCAAAAAAGUCUUCUUGGUUCUCCAGGAUGGUGCAGUACGUUCUUGUUUCAUUUGCUGCUACCCCGACCUCCCGUUUGCGUAUAUGCAUUUCUGUAGUUUUAAAGAAUAAUUUGGAAACCCCUCCCCCACGCACACCUGUGCUGUGCGUGCACACACACCCAUACACACACCUGCGCGUGCGCUUUGUGUGUAUGUGCGUGUGUGCCGCCUGGCCGCCUGGUUUUCUGGCUUCUUUUGUGCGGGCUGAAAGUUCCCCUUUCCCGAUUCCCUGCAACGCGAUCUUUUUUCUCCUUUUCUGUUGCUGCGGUUUGCUUUGCUUAUUCCCGUGCCACUCUUCUGGUGAGUGUAAGAAAUUCCAGGCAGGAAUUUUUGGUUCGCUUCCUGUCUUUGGCCACGGCCCACUUCGAUUUGGCCCACUUCGCCUUUCUCAACCAAGUUGACUUUGCAAACAACGAUGCAACAGACUUCUCAAGGGUUGGGUAUCCCUUCUCAUCACCUGUUCUUGAAUGUAAUCGUUUGGAAUUGAGAACGUUGCUUCUGCCAAUCUUCCAUGCGGAAUAAGGUUCUGGAAUGUUAGUUUUUAGUGUGUGUGUAAUUAUUCAAUGCCUUAUUUAAAAGCUAUUAAAGAACAUAUCAUUAUAAAUGUUAAUUGGCA